AUGGCUUCCUCUUCAUCGAACGUUGUGGGUGUCCACUACCGCGUGGGCAAGAAGAUUGGUGAAGGUUCUUUUGGUGUUAUCUUUGAAGGAACAAAUCUCUUGAAUAACCAGCAGGUGGCGAUCAAAUUUGAACCCCGCAAAAGCGAUGCCCCUCAGCUUCGUGACGAGUAUCGAACCUACAAGAUCUUGGUUGGAUGCCCUGGUAUACCCAAUGUCUACUACUUCGGACAGGAGGGUUUGCACAACAUCCUAGUUAUCGAUCUUCUCGGCCCUAGUCUUGAGGAUCUGUUCGACCACUGCAACCGCCGUUUCUCGACCAAGACAGUUGUGAUGGUUGCUAAGCAAAUGCUCUCGCGAGUGCAAACAAUUCACGAGAAGAACCUUAUCUAUCGUGAUAUCAAGCCCGACAAUUUCCUCAUUGGUCGUCCCGGCACCAAGGCCGCCAAUGUCAUUCACGUUGUUGAUUUCGGUAUGGCCAAGCAAUAUCGUGACCCCAAGACUAAGCAGCACAUCCCCUACCGCGAGCGUAAAUCUCUCUCCGGUACCGCUCGCUACAUGAGUAUUAACACACAUCUGGGUCGUGAGCAAUCACGACGUGAUGACUUGGAGGCUUUGGGACAUGUCUUCAUGUACUUCUUGCGCGGUGGUCUCCCCUGGCAGGGACUGAAGGCUGCUACCAACAAGCAAAAGUAUGAGAAGAUUGGUGAGAAGAAGCAGACUACUGUUAUCAAAGACCUUUGCGAUGGAUAUCCCGAAGAGUUCAACAAAUACCUGAGCUACGUUCGCAACCUCGGCUUCGAGGACACACCCGACUAUGACUACUGCCGUGAUCUGUUGACACAAGCUCUCAAGAACGCCGGAGAGGUGGAGGAUGGAGAAUAUGAUUGGAUGAAGCUGAACAAUGGCCGUGGCUGGGACUACAAGUUAUAUGCCUCGCAAGCUCAUCUUCAUCAACACCAGAGUUCGUCAGGACGCGAUCUUCAUGCGAGGGACCACCUGCGCAGUAGCCAACGACCCGGUGUGACUGCUGACCGUUUAAACGCAGCUCAGCCCGCGCCCCCAUCCCCAGUCAAGCCUGGAGCCGGAAAGACACGCGAUCGCCCAAGCGCCGCUGUGGCAGCCCAGCCGAAACGUCAAAGUACAGGCCAUGAUGCGAUGACCACAACCGCUUCAACACACGCCCAGUUCCAGAACUCCAACGCUCACCUCCCCGGUCGUAUCAGCAACGCCGGCAACCCUGCUUUGAACGCCCCUCCCGCUGGUGGUGUUCAAGGCAACAACGAACCGCAGCCCACUAUCGUCCAGAAGAUAAUGAAAGCUCUCUGCUGCGGUAGGUGA